AUGGCACGAACCGCCAGGGCUCCUGCGCCCGUCACGCCGAACCCGCUAAAGACCGUCCACACAUAUCCAAGCAAAAAUGGCACUGCGUCAAUCAACAUCUUCUCUUACCCCCAGCGCGUUCCCACCUUCAUGGGUGGUAGUCAAGAGCGAGGUUGGGGUUCUUUGGCAGGUACGGUCGAGAUACGCAUCAAUGAGCCGGCAGGUGAUCGUAUCUCGGCAAUUAAGCUCGCGCUUACCGCUACACAGGUGACCACGAUUCCGAAAACAGCCUCGGUUGACGCUCCCUCCGCCCUCGAUCGCAUGGCUAUCCAUUCUGAAGAGACCAAGACCAAACAAGUGACGCUUCUUGAGCUGGAGCAAAUCCUCUUCGAGCCAAUCAAGACCGAUUCGGACCGAGAUGCAAAUCUGUUGCUUCAAGGCAAGCACGUCUACCCAUUCAGCAUUCACCUCCCGCUCUUAGGCAAUAAAGAAAAGAAAAAUCCGCCUCUCCUUCCUCCAUCGUGUGUCAUCGAGCCGCUCGUGCACGCUCCCAACGAUGCCAAGCUGCGCUCAACCUCAGCAUCCACGGGGCUAUUUGGGAGGAACAAAGGGAGCGGCAAGGAGCAGGCUCUUCCUGCCUGGUCCACAGUCAAGUACCAGCUCAAGCUGACCGUCCAGAGACCCGGUCUGCUCAAAAGAAACGUGCGCAGCUACGCUCCCUUUGUAUACUUGCCUUCGCCACCAUCUUCAGCAGCGUCGCUGCUACUUCAUAGGCGCGCUCUAGGCGCUCGAAUGGCAGCGAUCGUUCUGCAACGGCAGGGCGAUGGAUGCCAACCUAUUGAGACGCCCCAAGACUGGCGUCAAAGCCGGCUCUCCUUUCUUUUGUCACCCAACGGCCCACAGAAGCUCGAACUCGAAAAGAAAGCGGGCUUUCUGUCCACCAUCUUCAGAGGCGCCAAAAAGCAAGAGGUCAUCAACUGGCACGAAGCUUGGACCUUUUCGAUGCCCAUGAGCGGCCGUUUGUCUUUUCCACUUCGCUCCGCAAUCCCUUUUAUCAUUCGUUGCACUACCAACAAGCCUAUCGACCUGAGCCUAACCUUGCCGCUAGUCGUCAGGCUGUACCGUAGGGUACGACUUCUGACCGGCAAAAAGCAAAAGACCAUCGCAAUGCAACAGCAACCUGUGGCCGAUGCUGUGCUCCGUCAUUCGGUCGAAUCUCGCGGCGUCCAUCGCAUCAAUGGUGUCAUCUCCUUGCCGCCAAACUGCGUUCCCACGUUUGAGAUGCCCAACCUAUCACUCGACUACUUUGUCGCUGUCAUGCGCGUGCUCGAUGGCGUUGUUCUGCACAAGAGCCGUCAACCUUGCCUGUCCUCCACCCGUUGA